AUGAAUUCAUUAUUGGAACUUUUAGAUUAUCAUGAUGAAAAAGAAAAGGAGAUCUUUGAAUUGUAAAUAUCGCAUGCUAUUCAAGCCUUAAUUCAAAUAAAAAUAAUAUGAUGGAUUUUUUGAAAUUGGUAAUCGAGACCCCUAGUGACUUACAUCCAAAGUAUGUCUAAAUACUUUAAUUAGAUAUCCAUUCAUUGUUAGUGAAUUAAUGUUUGGAAGCUAUGAACAAUUAUUAUAAAUGAUGUUUGAAUGGGAUGGAGAACCUAUUUAAUAUUUGCUGACAUUCUUCAAUUAUCCAUAAAAUGACACUUCAUGUGGUUAUUUUGAAAAAAUGAUAAGACCAUUAAUUUUAUUAAAAUCAAAUGAAAUAAAACCCUUUUUAGAGAUUUCUAAAUGGAUUUAAUUUAUUGAUUAAGAGUCAAUUCAAAAUAUAUUCUAAACAAUAUUUGCAUGCAAUAAUCUGGAUGAAAAUUAUAAACAAGAUUUGUUGGGAAUACUUUUAAAUUAAAACAAUAUUAAUGAGAAUUCAUUUAGAAUAAUAAUUAAAUACAAAGACUUAUUACAAUAAUACUUGAAUCAACAUUAAGAAAUUGUUGGAAUAAUAUGUAAUUAAUCACCCCCUACUUUAUAUUAAUUAUACACUAUAGAAAUAUUUAUGGGAUGGAACAUACUUAAUUUAUAAUGGCUUCAUAACUAAAUUAAUUAUUUGGAUUAAUUAGUCUAUAGAAAUUUUGAAUUUUGUAAUUCAACAAUGAAUUUUCUAUAUAAACCAUAAGGACUCACAGAAAUUGAUUUAAAAAUCAUUCACAUAUUAUCAUAAACAUUAACUAGACCAGAGACAAUUAAAUUUUAAAAUAUAUUAUUAGAAUUGUUAAUCAAAUAUGAAUGGAAUAAUAAUUUAUAAAAUAUAGCUGUAAAUAUGUAUGAAUCAAUGUCUAAAGAGGAAACACCUCAUAAAUAAUAUGUAUUUUAAUAUUUUGAUAUUUAGUUUCAAUCCAUAAUAACUGAUUUCAUAACAAAUAAAGUAAGUUUUGAAAAAUUUGAAUUUGGAUUAAAAAGAAAAGUGUAAAGAGGUUAUAGAUGGGUUUUUACUAGAAUAGUAAAAUACUUCUAAUUAAACUUUGAUUAGGCUGAAGAAAUUACAACAUUAGAAGGGAAAUUUUUAUUAAAUGAAGACCCAUCUAAUAAUAGAGAUAGAUAAUCUUAAUUUAUUCUAGAGAAGGUAUCAGAAAGAAGGACAUAAUGGACAAGGAGGAUAUAAGAGGAAGACAUAUAAAGAAAAGAGGACAAAGAAUAAAAUCAAAUGGAAGUAGAGGAAGAAAAUAAUGAGAAUGAUUAAUUUUUUUAACCAAGAAAUAGUUUUGGUAUAAAACAAACAAAUAAUGAAGAAGAAGUAGAAGAUGAAAUACCAUUUAGAGGAAGGUCUAGUUGUCAAUUCAAAUAAGAUGAUUUAGAUUGA